ACAGUUCCUUCCGCCUUCCCGGCAACCUCCGCGCGGCGCCUGCGCACGCGGUGACCUUUAACGAUAUCUGGCUGUGGACCUCUGCUGGGUCCAGCCGUUGCUUUGGCGUUGAGGUGAGUUUGGGGGACCUGGUUCCGGCUGGCUGGGUUCAGGCGAGCCCAGACCAUGCUGGGAGAAGGCCGAUGCUUCAAAGCAUUAUUAAAAAUGUGUGGGUCCCCAUGAAACCUUACUAUACUGAAGUUUACCAGGAGAUCUGGAUCGGAAUGGGGUUGAUGAGCUUCAUUGUUUAUAAAAUCAGGAGUGCUGAUAAAAGAAGUAAAGCUUUGAAAGCUCCUGCACCUGCUCAUGGUCAUCACUAACCAGCCUCACUUGGAGCACACAAGAGAUGGACCCGUAGAGCUAAGCAAAGCUGUGUCACAUGGACUGUCCCUGUGUACUUGUAUAAGUAGCAUGUACUCAUGGCAUGAAUAAAUGUGUCUGUGAGAUGCACCACAUCCGGACUGCUUUCAGUGUGUCCCUUCUCAGCUCUGUCCUGUGUCCAGGAAUGCUCAGUAGAUCAUUUGUAAUGUACCAGAUGAAACCAGAAUCUCAGAACCCCAAGGAAGGGAAAUGUUAAUAUCUCAAUUGUCACCAGAGUUGAGGAUCAGGAUCUAGACACCCAGGCUGUGUUGCUUAGUAAAUGUUUGAUAAGCAUGAUUCUGCUACUUGUGCCUGUCCGAGCCUCUGUCUUCUCAUCUGGAAGAUGGAGAUGUUAGUUAUGUAAGUUCUAAGAGUUAGGAUGGUCAGUGGGGGGUAGGGAAGCAUUAUUCAGACCAUAACAUGCUGUAGGAAUAGGUAGCAUUAGAGCACAUGGUGUGUAAAAUUACAGGCUUUAGGAGAAAAUGCUACCAGUAGGCGGCGCCUGUGGCUCAGUGAGUAGGGCGCCGGCCCCAUAUGCCAAGGGUGGUGGGUUCAAACCCAGCCCCUGCCAAACUGCAACAAAAAAAUAGCCGGGUGUUAUGGCGGGCACCUGUAGUCCCAGCUAUUCAGGAGGCUGAGGCAAGAGAAUCACUUAAGCCCAGGAGCUGGAGGUUGCUGUGAGCUGUGUGAUGCCACGGCACUCUACCAAGGGCCAUAAAGUGAGACUCUGUCUCUAAAAAAAAAAGAAAGAAAAUGUUACCAGUAAAUAAUCGCUUAAGAGGCAAAUUAUAUAUUGUAAAAACAGCCGAUUGAUAUUUCUUCCAGCAAGGCUAACAUCAGAUGAACACUGCAUGAUAUUUAGCUCCAUCUAAGGCAGUUACCAGAACCCUAGAAUGGCAUGCAGCAAGCAAGUGUAGGAGUAAAUCCAGUUUGAAAUCUGCUACUUAGCAGUUUAGUGGAGUCCAGCUGUGGAAUAGAAAUGAUGGCCCGAUCUGGCUAUCCUGUCCUCUUGAGAGCAGAGGCACCUGUUUCUCCUUUGUAUCUCUAUCAUUUAGCAUCAGGUCUGGCCCAUGGCAGGUGCCUGACAACCACUUACUGUGAGAUAUCUGUGAGCUUCAUUUUCUUUCGUAAGAUGGAGAUAAAAUCCACCUUGUCUACCUUAGUAAGAGCCUCAGGGAUGCUAGACUCAGUAAGAAGUUUGCAUGAAGACAUUAGGCAGCACCAAUGGAAGUCAUCAUUGGAUUGUGUGAGAUUCAGAAAGUUCAGUUCUAACACAAUAAUCACUUAAAAAAAAAAAAAAAGACUGGGUCUCACUGUGUUGCGCAGGCUGUUCUCCAACACCUGACCUAAAGCAAUCCUCCUGCCUCAGCCUCCCAAGACAUUGGGAUUACAAGCAUGAGCUACCACUCCUGGUCAUACUUAAUUUCUCUGUUCCACAUUUUCUUCUCUUACACCUGCAGAGGAAGAAUUGGCACUGUGGUACACAAACAGUCUGCACCGCUAUUCAAGCUUUGGUGUGCGUUAGGACCACUGGGCCCAAGUGUUUAUGAUUCCACUUGUCUGGAAGGAGCUGAUGCCCAGGAAAAUUGCUGAUAAUACAAAGGACAGGCACUAGCUCUGCCUUGACACCCCCCGCAGCCCUUACAUCCGCUGCAUCAAUAGUGGCCAUUCCCUGUGGUUUGCCCCAGCCUCCAGCCCUGUGCCGUUCAUCUUAGUGCAUUUACUCCUAGGACCUAAUGAGGCACCAACACAGUUCUGUGGUCCAGACAGGGAACUGAGGUUAGAGGCAGUAAUGUGGCAAAGAUGUCAAGGCUGACAAGUGCGGGGGCCAGGACUUGCACCCAAGGGUCUGAACUCAUCCAGGGAGAGCUGCUCCUGAAGCCGCAGAAAGGGGAGUGCCUUCUCACAGGGCCGGACUGUUCCUCUUCUCCCUCCUCUACCUGAGAGUCCUCAGAGUGAAGAAAAAUUCUCUUAUAAAAAAAGAUAUUUGUGACCCCACCAUGUAUGUCUGUGCAGAGCUAAUGUGAGAGUAGGAAAUUAUAUUUCCUAUCCCAGAACCCACUUCACCUUCUAAAUCCCUCAGGGUUUUAGAAAUGCCUAGUUCACAUACUAAGAGCAGCCUGUAAGUGGGAGCAGACUUUGUCACCAGAAGAUUGUCACCUGGGGCUUCCCAGUGGGUGCAGCCAGCAGCCAAUAAAAGGUAUGCACAGAAUUCAGAAGCAGAGAGGGUGAGGUAACAGAUAGUUUCAGGAAUUUCAAAGAAACCCACAUAUUCAUCCCUUUCUUAGUGGUGCUUUCAAAGCUGCUACAGGUAAAAACCUAAAGGCAGGGAGAACAAGUCAGGCAACUGAAGAUUAAGGUGGUUUUAAACAAAACACUAUGCUUUCCCUUAACUGCAAGCCAGCCUCUGGGAGGAGGCAUUGUCUCUCUCUUUGCCUGUCACUGCAUGGCCCAGGGGUACAUGCAUCCAGACACCCUGGAGGGCAUGGUUUCUGCUGCCCUGGUGGAGCUGUGUCUCCAGAGCAUGCAGCUGCUGACCACCAGAGGGCCAGGCUGUAACCUGCUGCUUUGCCAUUGACUCACUGGGGCUGCACAAUGUCAACUCAGCUCAUACUGGGAGUCCAUUUCACAGCCCAGUUCUCAUUUUAUUAGGAACAAAAAUGUCACAAGGGCCCAGAUGGGAUAAUGAGCUUGCAUUAGAGGAUGACUGCCUGGUUGACAAACCAGCUAGUUAACUGGUAGACCAGAAUCCAGAACCUGACCAUCUGGCUUUGGAAUCAGGACUUGGACUGUGGUCUGGCUUCAGAUGGCUGCAUCAUCUGUGCAGUGCACGUGAUCUUGCUCAGGGCCCAGCGAUGGCCAGCCCUUGGCCCCCUACUCUGGAAGCCCUGAGUCUAGAGAAUAGGAUAACAGAUGAUGACAGUGCUUGGCAGAACACAUAGCAGGGUGGUCUGUGCCAAUACAGGUGGCCAGAAGGGGCGCCAGCACAAGGGCUCGCCACACCUGGAGCCCUGAGUCAGCUUCCUGGUACCCGCUCAGCUAACUGACACGUGUACCUGGCAUAGGUACAAGUGGGCAUAAAAAGGCAUUUUCUGAUGUGUUUAGGGAGAUUUGAACAUGGACUGGGUAUCAAGUGACAUCAGAGAAAUAAUUGUAUUAGGUUAUUUAGUACCACAAUAAUGACAGUGGGAAAUGUCUUUGGUUUUAGAAAUGCAGACGUUAUAGCCUAGGCAUGAGGUGAUAUCCUGGACGGGUUUCACGGUGCACCAGCAGAUGUCACCUGGAAGUGGGCUGCUGGAUGGAGUGAACAGAGGAGAAGAGAUUGGCUGUGAUGUGGGGGGACAGAUGCACGUGGGGUGCAUAACAAUUCCUUCUUCCAGCCAGGCAGGUGGCUCACACCUGUAAUCCUAGCAGUCUGGGAGGCCAAGGCAGGUUUAUUGCUUGAGCUCAUGAGUUCAAGACCAGUCUGAGCAAAAAGGAGACCCCAUCUCUACUAAAAAUAGAAAAUCUGAGGCAAGAGGAUCGCUUGAGCCCAGGAGUUUGAGGUUGCUGUGAGCUAUUAUGCCACAGCACUCUACCAAGGGCAAGAAAGUGAGACUUUGUCUCAAAAAAAAAAAAAAAACAAUUUCUUCUUCCUUGAUACCUUCUGACUUCUCCUAAUAAAGUUUUAGAACACUGGCAAAAACUAAAAAAACAAGUCAUGCAAUUUAAGCUUUUGUCAGAAUUGUGAUACCUGUUUGAGAAGCCACCACUGCGCAUCCCCAGGCAGUGGGGUGACAGCGCUGCAGACCCACAGUUGAUUCAGUCAGGUGAUGACCACAUCCUUACCACUCUUUCCAGAAUGCAUGUUGCCAGUGUCUAUUACCUAAAUGACAGAAGAGUCAGAUUUUUCAUUUGUUUCCUCCCUGAAGAAUCAUUUAAUAAUGAGCCUAACUCCUACAUCUAUAGGGAAAAUAAUGCCAGAAAAUUCUCAUGUUAUUAGGAACAAAAACCUAUUUUUUAAAUUAACUGUACAACUAAAAACGGAAAUGUAGAUGAUUAUAAAUGGUUUUAUAUUGUCAUCUUCGUCUCUUUCUUCCUUUCAAAUGUAAAGACACGCUUGGUAUUUUCCUCCCAUCUUUAUGUUUGAAAAAUAUAUUCCACUGUAUAAUGAAAGGUCAAGCAUUGGCUGGCACCCUAGCUCAGUGGUUAGGGUGCUGGUCACAUGCACCAGAGCUGGUUCAAACCCAGCCUGGGCCUGCUAAAAAAAAAAAAAAAAAAAAAAAAUAGCCAGGCAUUUUAGUCCCAGCUACUUGGGACACUGAAGCAAGAGAAUCACUUGAGCCCAGGAGUUUGCGGUUGCUGUGAGCCGUGAUGCCACAGCACUCUACCAAGGGCAACAAAAUAAGACUCUGUCUCAAAAAAAAACAAAAAAAAAAAAGAAAGAAAAGAGCAAAUUAUGCCCAAAGCAAGCAAAAGAUAGGAAGUAUUAAAGAUAAGAAAUGCAAUAGAAAACAGAAAAUGGAAAAAGAUCUAUGAAACCAAACGCUGGUUCUUUGGAAAAUUUAAAAAAUGGAUAAACCUCCAGCUGUACUGACAAGAAAAAAUAAAGGGAAGAGGCAGACCAUCAUGAGUGAGAGACGCCGUCACUGUGGACUUGAGAGGGCAGCGAAGGGCAUCGUGAGCAGCUUCAGCAUCAUGAGUGAGAGACGCCGUCACUGGGGACUUGAGAGGGCAGCGAGGGGGGUCGUGAGCAGCUUCAGCAUCAUGAGUGAGAGACGCCGUCACUGUGGACUUGAGAGGGCAGCGAGGGGCGUCGUGAGCAGUUUCAGCAUCAUGAGUGAGAGACGCCGUCACUGUGGACUUGAGAGGGCAGUGAGGGGCGUCGUGAGCAGCUUCAUGCCGGCAAAUUAUACAAGACGUAUGAAAGGGGCAAAUUCCUCAUGAGACACAAAUUACUGCAGCUCAAUCAAGAAAAGAAGGCCAGGCAAGGUGGCUUACACCUGUAAUCCUAGCUCUCUGGGAAGUUUGGAGGCUGAGGCAGGUCGAUUACCUGAGCUCAGGAGUUCAAGACCAGCCUGAGCAAGAGCGAGACCCUGUCUCUACUAAAAAUAGAAAAAGCAGCCAUGCAUCAUGGUGGGCACCUGUAAUCUUAGCUACUGUGGAGGCUGAGGCAAAAAGAUUGCUUUGAGCCCAAGAAAUUUGAUGUUGCUAUGAGCUAUGAUCCAGGCACUCUACCCAGGGCAACAGGGUGAGGCUCUGUCUCAGAAAAAAAAAAAAAUCUAAGGAAUCUAUCACAAAAAUAUCAGACCUAUAAAGUGUGUUUAAUAAGACACCACGUACAAAAUCAGUUUUAUUGUAUUUCUAUAUAUGAGAGCUAUUUGUAAAGUACCCAGCCUGUAAUAUGAAAAACAGAUACAUGACUGGAUACUCUCAGUCCUCUUAAUAGCAACAAAUAGAAAUUGAAACUUCAUGUAGUUUUAACAUUCUGGGAGGCCAAGUAGGAAAAUCCCUUGAGCUCAGUUCCAGACCAGUCUGAGCAAGAGCAAGACCCAUCUCUACUAAAAAUAGAAAAAUCAGCUGGGCGUGGUGACGGUUGCCUGGAGACCCAUCUACUCAGGAGGCUGAGGCAGAAGGAUCACUUGACCCCAAGAGUCUGUGAACUAUAAUCAUACCACUGCA